AGCGCGCAGGCGCGUCACAUCAGGGCUCAUGGAGGCCCCGUUGCCCUGGCGACGGUUUCCCAGCUCCCUACCGCAAUCCGCCAGGCCUUCAUCGCGAUACACUAAGCCAAGAAGCCCUAGCCAUGACUUCGUCCACCCCUGCGUCCUUCACUACGGGCACAGCCGACGGGUUGCCUGAGACUGAGAAGAACGCAGGGGAGUCCGAGAAUACCUAUAUUCUGCGGCCCAUUUUCCAGCAAAGGUUCAGACCUUCUGUGGUUAAAGAAUGUAUCCAUGCUGUUCUUAAGGAGGAGCUAGCAAAUGCUGAGUACUCCCCAGAAGAAAUGCCUCAGCUCACAAAACGUUUAUCAGAAACCAUUAAAGACAAAUUAAAAGAAAUGGGAUUUGACCGAUACAAAAUGGUGGUACAAGUAGUGAUUGGAGAACAAAGAGGUGAAGGAGUAUUCAUGGCCGCUCGCUGUUUCUGGGAUGCUGACACUGACAACUACACUUGCGAUGUUUUCAUGAAUGACAGUUUAUUCUGUGUUGUAGCGGCAUUCGGCUGUUUCUACUAUUGAAUCUUUGAAAAGUUGGGUAAAAAUAUGACCAUGAAGAAAUAUAAACUUUUUUAUAUUGUUAAAUAUCUCAACAAAAUAAAGAUAAUUUGGCAUUUUGGCAACUG